AUGUCUGCUGUGAAACAAGAAUUAGAAGGAAACGUGCAUGUUAAAACAGACGAUCCUCUGUCGCUCGAACUACAGAAGAUUCAUCCUGAUCCUGACGCAAAUAACAGAACAGUACGAAAUAUACUACCGCCCGACGACCAUGCAAAAACCACCGUAAAACCCACAAGGGCUGCAAUACAUAAACUGUUAGGAAAUGUGAAGGAAGGCGGUGAAGAACUUUUAUUCCCUUACAUUGAGUAUGACAGAUUCGCGAUGGAGUGGGUAAACGUAGUUGAUGAACUUGAAUGGGUGCAUAAAAAUAGUAAUGACAAAAGUAUACACACCUCUAGUUCGCCAUUUGAGUUUGGUAUUGGCACAUUGACACCAACGUCUGCCAACAAGACAAGGCUGAAAAUUCAGGGGGACAAAAAUAAAUUAGUCAAAGGUAGCUAUAUUUCUGUUUUAAUCGAAACUCGCGAUGACAAUGAUCGUAAAAGAAUUCGGGGAGGUGACUUCUUUACGGCUGUUAUGACUAAUACCGCACUGAAGAAAAGCACAGCCGGGAGAAUCAAAGACUAUGGCAACGGAACAUAUGCAGUGUAUUUCUAUGCAGCCUGGUCUGGACAAGCACAUGUUACAAUUAAACUCUCGUACACUAGAGAAGCCAUUAACUACCUUAAGGACACAAUGAAAACAAAAGAGGGACUGAUGGGAUUUGAUGCUAAUUUCACCAAUGGCAAAAUUUCGGAGUCGAGUCGCUGUUCACUCAUCAACGAAGGAGUGUGGCACAAUAUGUGUGAAUAUACUAAUGCUAACUCCUUAGGUAAAACGGUACUUCUUUGUAUCAAACCAUUACGUCUUGAGUGCAGCGAUCUAUAUUCCAUGUGGACGGGUGUUGGAAAUAUGAAUAACGACAUUAAGAAGGAGGGCAUACAAAGCACAUACCUUUUUGACGGACAAUAUAACACUGUGCAAUUGAAGCAAUCACCAUUAGUAAUAAAUAUAUUGGAUCAUCCAACACCCGUUCCUCCUCCAAAAUUGCUGCCUUGUGGUCCUGAUGUACCUAGGCCUUUAUCUGACGGAUACUGGGACAACAAUGUUACAUUCGUUCCUCUUGUUUGUCAAAGUAAACAGUGGUCAAAAGAAGAGUUCAACAAAUGCAUGUUUAAUAAGCAAGUCACUGGUAUCGGCGAUUCAACGCUUCGUCAAUUCUUUUCAUUCGCAGAUACCUUCGGAUUUAACAUAUCAGACUUCCACGUGUUGGCUUUACGUAUUGCCGGGGAAAUUGUCAGCAUAUGGAAACCCAUGUUUGCUGCUGAUCUCAUUGAUAAUAUUACCCAGAAGCAAUGCGAUACAAAAACACAAGUGGUGAUUUUGAAUUUCAGUUUCCACUACGGUAGGUGGUCCAUCCGCUCAUACGUUGAGCGUGUGUUUAGAGCAAAGCUGGCGAGUGAAAGAUUACUACAACGAUGUCCAAAUUCUAAAGUAAUAAUCAAACUUGCGCAUGCGCGUGACAACAAUUGGAGGGGCCAGAACAUCCACAGUAAUAACUGGCUGUAUUAUGACAUGAAUAGAAUUAUCAGACGAGUCUUUGGUGGAAUCGGUGUAGUGUUUCUUGAUGUGUGGGAUAUGGUUGAUUCGUCCUUCGACGAGAACCAGGUUCAUAUGUCGACUGUUGUAAUGAGGCAGGAACUAUAUCUCUUGCUCUCGUAUAUUUGUCCGGAAAUGGCAAGUUUGAAAUAA